AGCGGAGAGCAGCAGAAGAGCCCCCGAAGCACGACCCAACCCCGUCCACCGUGUAUGAGGCUGGGACGCAGUACGCAGGACCCGCGUCCGCAGAGACACCCCUUCCGAUGUCCCGGCAUGAGACUUCUCCGACAACGGUGCAACCCGCCAGCAACCACCGCCCCAACGCCUGCUGCUUCUGCUGGUGCUGCUGCUGCAGUUGCUCAUGGAACGAGGACCGGGAGCGAGCAUGGAGGGCGUCCCGGGAGACCAAACUGGAGACCAUCCCAAACUGUGAAGCAUGCACCAAACCCACGCCGGAGGAGGUGCGGGGCUGGGCACAGUCCUUCGACAAGCUGAUGAAGAGCCCGGCGGGUCGCAACGUCUUCCGGGAGUUCUUGCGGACUGAGUACAGCGAGGAGAACAUGCUCUUCUGGCUAGCAUGCGAGGAGCUCAAAAAUGAGUGCAACAAGCACACCAUCGACGAGAAGGCCAGGAUGAUCUACGAGGAUUACAUCUCCAUCCUCUCGCCCAAGGAGUGGAUUGCCUCCACCUCCUUUAUUGAUGGCUUCUCCCUGUAUCGAGAUUAA